AUGUCUGGACGCGGCAAGGGCGGCAAGGGACUCGGCAAGGGCGGCGCUAAGCGUCACCGCAAGGUUCUUCGCGACAACAUCCAGGGCAUCACCAAGCCCGCUAUCCGUCGUCUCGCACGUCGUGGCGGUGUCAAGCGUAUCUCUGGCCUCAUCUACGAGGAGACCCGCGGUGUCCUCAAGGUGUUCCUCGAGAACGUCAUCCGCGACUCGGUCACCUACACGGAGCACGCUCGCCGUAAAACCGUGACGGCCAUGGACGUCGUGUACGCUCUUAAGCGUCAGGGCCGCACCCUGUACGGCUUCGGUGGAUAAGCGCUCUCCGCUUAGUGUUUCAGGUCGCCUCGGCAGCCUAAACAGCAACUUUACAGCACUGGCGGUUUUAUAGCAGCCUUUGUUGCGAGGGAUACUAUACCCUCACUCUUCAUCUGGUGUUUUUUAACACCACCCUUUUCAAAAGAAUCUGGUUCGUUCAAUAGUGUAGGGCAACUUUUCCAGUGUACGAUGUUUAAUGUGGCUGUCGUGCUUGGCGUUCUAGUUUGUUCGCUUUUGUCAUUGUUGUUGAAAAGAGACAUUGUAGUAGAGAUAAAAUACCACAACACUGAGGUAGAUCUUAGCUUGCAUGUUUCUCAUUGACCACUGGUGCAGGCUUGUACACCUAUCUUGUGUUCAAAACUCCAGC